GCUCCCGCCCGCCUCAUUCCUGCACAGGCGCUGGGGUUCCCCGCGGCCCCCGCCCGCUCCGGCCCUCCCUCCUCCAUCCCUCCCUCUCUCCCUCCUUCCCUCCCUCCCCGGCAGCGCCGACACCUCCCUGCCCAAAGAGGGGACAAGCAGAACCGACCCAGUAGCCCCAUCACCGUCCAUAAAUACUAAUUUUCAGAGCGAAAGGGGAAUAAAACAUAUUGGCAACAGACUGCUCUCAGCGCUAUUCCCUUUUGCAUGAUGCUUCUCGGGUAGUUGGGUUUCCUCUUCUUUUCCUUUUCUUCUUUUUUUUUUUUUUUUUUUUCUCCAUCACCAAAAGCCUGGUGGGGGAACGACCAGGUCUGAUGCUUUGUCUCUUUUGUGCUGGCUGCUGGAGAUGAGCCUAGGCUUGACCUGACCAUGAUUCCAAGGACUGACACUUCUUUUUUACCCCCAGUUUGUAGAGAUCCAGACCUUCUCUUCCUGAUUGUCAAGAAAACUAAAUUAUUGCUGAAUUUGGGAAUCUAGGCAGCACCAGCUUACUUUUUCCCUGCAUCUCUCUGGAAUAAUUUCUGGGAUAUUUUCCAAAUCAUCACAGAAAGCAGAAGGAAUGAACCGGCAGAUAGUGAAAAUUUUGACAACCUUGUUUGCAUUUUUCUUAGAGACAAACAACUUCAGGACGACUUUCUGUAAAGAACAUGAUUCAAGAUCUGGAAAAUCCCCCUCACAGACCCUGUCUCCUUCAGAUUUUUUGGACAAAUUGAUGGGAAGGACGUCGGGGUAUGAUGCUAGAAUCAGACCAAAUUUUAAAGGUCCUCCAGUAAACGUUACUUGCAAUAUUUUUAUCAACAGUUUUGGAUCAGUCACAGAAACCACAAUGGACUACAGAGUGAACAUUUUUUUGAGACAGCAGUGGAAUGAUUCACGUCUGGCUUACAGUGAAUAUCCAGAUGAUUCCUUGGAUUUGGAUCCCUCUAUGUUGGACUCUAUUUGGAAGCCAGAUUUAUUCUUUGCCAAUGAGAAGGGAGCAAACUUUCAUGAUGUCACGACAGACAACAAGCUGCUGAGAAUUUCUAAAACUGGAAAAGUGUUGUACAGUAUCAGGCUUACUUUAACCCUAUCCUGUCCCAUGGACUUGAAGAAUUUUCCUAUGGAUGUACAGACAUGUACAAUGCAGCUAGAGAGCUUUGGCUACACUAUGAAUGAUCUGAUAUUUGAGUGGCUAAGUGAUGGACCUGUGCAAGUUGCAGAGGGUUUAACCUUGCCACAGUUUAUUCUGAAAGAAGAUAAAGAACUUGGUUAUUGCACAAAACAUUACAACACUGGAAAGUUUACAUGCAUUGAAGUCAAGUUUCAUUUGGAGCGUCAAAUGGGAUACUAUUUAAUCCAGAUGUACAUUCCUAGCCUGCUGAUUGUCAUUUUGUCCUGGGUUUCUUUCUGGAUCAACAUGGAUGCUGCUCCAGCUAGAGUUGCACUGGGUAUCACUACAGUUUUGACAAUGACCACGCAAAGUUCAGGAUCUAGAGCUUCCCUCCCAAAAGUCUCCUACGUAAAAGCUAUCGACAUCUGGAUGGCCGUGUGCCUUCUCUUUGUCUUUGCGGCAUUACUGGAAUAUGCAGCAGUCAACUUUGUUUCACGGCAGCACAAGGAGUUUCUGAGGCUCCGAAGAAGGCAAAGAAGACAAAACAAGGAAGAUGAAGUUGCUCGUGACAGUCGAUUCAAUUUCAGUGGCUAUGGCAUGGGUCACUGUCUGCAAGUCAAAGAUGGCUCAGCAGUUAAGGCUACUGCACCCAACCCACCUCCAGCACCACCAAAGGAUUCAGAUUCCAUCAAAAAGAAGUUUGUUGACCGUGCAAAAAGGAUUGAUACAAUAUCCCGUGCUGCAUUCCCACUCGCCUUCCUCAUUUUCAACAUCUUUUACUGGAUCACAUACAAAAUUAUACGGCAUGAGGACAUUCACAAGAAAUAGGCAACUCUGAUUCACCAGGACUUCUUAGCCAAAGUGAUCCACAUGUAAAUAAACAGUGAAAGGUCUUUCUGUCAUUUGGACUAAGGGUUUCUUUCCCCCUCCAAGGACACUGAAGAAAAAAUGAACAAAAAAGGACAAGAAAUAUAGAAGGAAAAGUGAUUGCAUGAAAAAAUAUGCUGUAAGAUCAGUCAAUAAGGGUUUCCCCUAUGUACUCUCAGUGUGUUUUUUCCAGAUUCAGCAUCAAUCAGACAUCUGUAAAUGGGGCCAAAUUGUAUCCAACUUUAUCACCAAGAUAUUAUAUUUCAAAACAAAAGAGAAUAAAAAACCCUGCAAUUCUCCUAAAACAUCUACCAAGAGACUGUGGUGGCUACAGUACAGUGAGUUAUAAGAGGACCAAACUUUUUCAGGAUAAUGUUGCCUUUCUAUUUGAAACAAGUCUACUGAGCUACAUUCCAUGACCAUGUCUGUAGUUAGUGGUUUCACCAAGGAGUCCUUUUGUGGGUUGUAAAUUAUUUCUACUGACAGGGGAGAGGAAAAAAAAAAAUUAAAAAAAUAAAAAAAAAAAAAAGAAAGAAAAAAAGAAAGAAAAAGGGUUUAUACUUUACUAUAUCCUUGUGGGUGUGCAUUUUAAUAUUAUCUUGCUUUACUAGAAUUGUAAUUUUGGAGUUGAACUUGUGUGUUGUGUUGUUUAUUUGAUAGUUGACACUCCAAAACCAGUGAAACUGCCCGGUUUAUUUUUGUUGGAAGACAGUGCACUUACUUCAUUUUAUUUCUGCUGAUUUUACAUGCAACUUGAGGUGCCAAACUGUAUUUUACCUAUUGUGCUACCCUGUAUCACACUACUUAGUAAGAACUUGUUUCCUCAAAGGUGUAGCUCGGUUUAGCAUUGAGUUUCUAUUACCGCUCUCAUUGUAGCUGCAAUCAAUAGCUCUAUAGGUAAACACAACUUGUUUACAGACCUCUAAUUUAUAUCUUUACUCAAAGUGGCUAUCAUUUUAAAUAUCAUUAAGUAACCUAAGAAUUUUAAAACUGUACUGUGAUUUUCAGAACCUGUUACCUUUUGGUGCCGGAUCUGCGUUAUUCAAAUCCCUGUUACAUGUUUUAAAGUAGAAAAAUUAAAAAGAAAAAAAAAAAAAAGAUGGUAUUUUUGCUUA